UGACUGACAGCUCGCGCGGCCGGCGCGUCUGGAGGCCCGGCUCUCGAGCCGGCGCAGUGGCCGCAGCGCGGAGCCCGCCGGCGCCCGCUCGCUCCCGGUCCGCCCGGCCGGCCGGCCGGCGCCCGCCGCGAUGCCUUAGGGCCACGUGAGCUCCUUCUUGGUGGCCAGCGGCUCCCCAGCAACUCAGAUGCCCUUGCCGGGCUCCCCCCUGGCCUCGGGCUCCCGCUGACACAUCAGAGAAGCCAGUGCCGCGGCCUCCCCACCUGGCAUCCUCCUCGGCAGCCCACCUGAGCCAUGGAGGCCCCUGAGGUCCCCGUGGGCUCACUGAUUGACUUCGGGACUGAGCCACCCGCCUCCUCGCCCCUGGAGGCCCUGCCUCCAAAGCUGCAGGAUGGGGACGGCUCCCAGGGCGACGGCGCGUCCGAGAGUGAGACCACGGAGUCGGCGGACAGCGAGAACGACAUGGGCGAGUCGCCCUCACACCCACCCUGGGACCAGUACCGCCGCUCCUCCUCCAACGAGUCCUUCUCGUCCACCCAAAGCACCGAGUCGGCCCAGGACGAGGAGACCCUGGAGCUCAGGGAGUUCAUGCGCAGCUACGUGGAGAAGAUUUUCUCUGGAGGGGAGGAGUUGGACCAGGAGGAGAAGGCCAAGUUUGGCGAGUACUGCAGCAGCGACAAUGGGAAAGGCCGGGAGUGGUUUGCGCGCUACGUGAGCGCCCAGCGCUGCAACUCCAAGUGUGUCUCCGAGCCGACCUUCUACCGCCUGGUGCAGUCUUUCGCCGUGGUCCUGUUCGAGUGCCACCAGAUGGAUGACUUCGGGCCCGCCAGGAACCUCAUGACCAUGUGCUUCACGUUUUACCACGUCGGUAAACCGCACCUGCUCCCGUCAGAAGCCAAGGAGAAGCCCGCAGGGAGCAUCGACUCCUACCUGAAGUCCGCCAACAGCUGGCUGGCGGAGAAGAAGGACAUCGCCGAGCGGCUGCUGAAGAACACGUCAGCCAAGACGGAGAACGUCAAAGGCUUCUUCGGGGGGCUGGAGACCAAGCUGAAGGGACCCCUGGUCAGGAAAAAUGAGGAAGAGGACAGCAAGCCCAAGGAGAAGCCGCAGAAGACGGUGACCGUGGGCAGCCCGGAGGAGGAGAGGAAGGGCGAGAAAAUCUACCUGUACACGCACCUGAAGCAGCAGCCCAUCUGGCACGCGCUGAGGUUCUGGAACGCGGCCUUUUUUGACGCCGUCCACUGUGAGAGGAGGAAGCGGUCUCCCACGACCAGAGGGGACGCUGGAGAGGAGGAGAAGACGAGGGAGAAGUGGUGCCACAUGACCCAGGAGGAGCGCGACGACAGCCUACGCUUCAACGAGAACAUCACCUUCGGGCAGCUGGGCACCUUCACGCACAACAUGCUGGCCUUCGGACUGAGCAAGAAGCUGUGCCACGACUUCCUGAAGAAGCAGGCCGUGAUCGGCAACCUGGACGAGGAGCAAUACAAGCUGCUGAGCGACCACAUCGAGCAGAUGGCCGCUGAGUAGGCCGCGGGAGGCGGCCCGAGGCCCCCCAGGAGGACUGAGGGUGCACGCUGCUCCCCCAGGCCAGCGACUGGCUGUCACCCACCCGACGACCUUGCAUGACCUCGGCAGCACCCAGAGCCACUCCCGCCGCCUCCAACUAGUGGUUAGAAGAAUCUGCCGCCGUCCCCCUGCCCCCUCCGCCUGUGCCUGCCCCCAUCCACGUGCCAGAGUGUCCCUCAGAUUACCGAGGUGACCGUCAUACCCCUGAUUGUCAGGCCUGUGACAUGGGACCUAGAGGGAGGAGGAGGAAGGAGCCAGGACCAGGAUGGGCACAGGGCAGUGACUGCCGCAGCCUCUGGGACGAGAGGGGGGAUGGGGCGCACGUGGGAAUGUAGAUAAGGCAGCCGUGAGCCAGCACACGCCAGGGAUGUGGGCAGCCAUGGGUGACAAUCUGGGGCCCUCCCUUCAGGUGUGGAACAGAGGGUGCUCCCUCAGACGGGCUCCCUGCUGAGCAGCAGGCGUGUGGAGGGGCCGAGGGCCUCUCACUGCUGGGCCGGGGCUGGUGCUGGUUUGUCCCCAGCUCCCUGCCCUGUGUGACAGGAACGGAGUCACAGGCACCUUGAGGGGGAGAGACACCAGCAAAGAGGACGUUCUUUCCUGGCUGCAGAGGCCCGGCCACCCCAGGGGCAUGUGCACACCCUGCAGACCGUGGGACCUGGGUGGCUUUGUCAGUCACGCCAGCACCAAGGUGUCUGCGUCAGACCCUAUGAAACCUUCCCGGGCAGCCGACGGCUUCCCUCUGAAGCAGAGAAAGUUCCAGAGCUCGUGUCCUGGAGCAGCGUCUGGCUGUCUCAUGAUGGAGCACGGAAAAGAGACGUGUCUUCAGUAGCUGCAAGACAGCCGCCCCUUCUAAAAGCAGACAGUCCCGCUCUUUAUGUAUAAAAAGACAGAAGGCCCUGUGUCCGUGUUAGGGACAGCAGGCAGAGGAGGCUUCUGGGGCGACCGUGCGAGGCUCACAUGCGGAGCGUGGCCGUCGGCCCCGGAGCCCCAGACAGCACCUUCCCGCCACAGCCCAGGCGGCUAGCCUCCUCCUGCAGACCUUGCGGUGCCCCGGGCCGGGAAAGCGCAGCCUUUCUCCCAGGUUUGUGCCAGGCCCACCAGCUCCCCCCGCCUCCCGCCUACCAUCCUGGGCGCCGACUCCUCUCCCCCUUCCCCUCUUGGCCUAUUCUCCCUCGCUGCCUCCUCCGACCCAUGGUCACAGCACGACACCCACGUGCCCGAUAGUCAGUUAUCCGGCCAGUGCUGGAAAGGUUUUGCUGUUGGAAGGCCUCCCUGGAAUGUUCCAGAGAGAGCAGGGGUCAGCUGAGCCAUAGAACGCACAUGCACAUGGUUGUGAGUGGGGUCUGAGGGUGCAGUGGGAACGGGCACCAGCUGGGAGACCCUCACGGGGAGUGGACUCAACGUUAUGCUGGCACGGUGGGUGUGUGGAGUCGCCCGUCUGGUGAGGUCACCGGCCAGAGCGCCGCAGCGUUUCCGGUCUGCUUGAGGCGUCCCAGGCAGGCGUGCGGGCUGCAGGGUCCCCCAGCCAUGUGCGUGUCUCUGUCGAAGGCGUUUCGGGGAAAUAACGUCAAGUGAAUGGGGCUGUGGGCCCUCCUCCUGCAACGCCUCCUUCAGGUGAUGCCACCCACGCGUCCGGCCAUGGCCCUGGGUGCACCGUGCUCCCCUCUCCGCUAAAGUCAGGGCCCCGCCCAGCAGCUCGUCGGCACCCUUGCAGGGCUGUCCCGUUGGCUGUGUCAUCCUCACCUUAUCAUUCCUUAGUAGUUAGUUGAAAUGCAUUAAGGCUCAAAGGUGCCCAGAAGACUUCUCCUUGUACUCGUGAGACUCUUGUAUCGAGGUUUGAGUUCGGCCUGCCUUCUCGAGGAAGAGCAGUGGAUCCUGACACUCUGUCCGGGGUGGUGGCCAGCACGGCGCGGGCGGGGCCACAUGGCUUCUGAAGGACGUGCAGCCUGGACUUGUGUGGGCUUUGCCCAGCACUUUCACUUCCAAGAUGAUCUCGAGACGUUUUUUCCCAUAUAAUCCUGAAAUAGCAGUUGAAGGUGGAAGCGAGGAUUACUUUGGUUUCCCCCGCCUCACUCCUUGUCCUUAGAGAUCCAGCUCCUAAGAGUGGAGGAAAUCCGGCCCCAGCGCUGCUGCCUGACCAGCCCGACCAGGGAGUGCUCCAGAGGCCUCAGGGUGACAGGUGCCGAGGUGGCUCCGGGGCUGCUCUGCGGUCCCCUGUUGGCAGCUACCUUUGAGCGUUUCUCCUUGGAGCACCUCUGGCCAGUGUCACCUGGAGGAGCACAGUGUCCCAUCCCUCAAAAAAGGCUGGCAGCUCACCUCACUGAGAUUUCCUCUGUCCCCUGGGACGUCAUCCCUUCCCUCCGGGCCCGUCUGGAGCGGACGUGAGGGGGCUCUGGUGGCGAGCAGACCCAGCUCGCGCUCUCAGAGGCCCUGAGAGUGACUCACCCUGAUGCUCCCAGGGACGCGUUGGUGAAAGAGAGCUCUGGUCCUCCUUGCUGUUAACCAGGGACCUUAGACUCGGGCCGGGAGCGUCAGAUGGCAUCCGAGGAGAGAGUUCCAGGCCCAGCAGGUAGAGGGACCAAGGCCGGGAGCCUCGCAGGGCUCUCGCUAGCAGCGGCUUUUCAGAUCUCCUGCCAUCUGUCCUCCAGGGCUCUGUGGAUCCUAGUGAGCCAAAUGCAGCUGAUUCUCCCAAAUAAAGAGUUCCCGCUCACAGAAACCCGC